CCAAUAGUAAUUAUAAUUAGUCGAAAGAGCGUAAUAACUAGCUUAUGAAAAUGAAGAUUUUUAUCGUGUUGUCCUGCUGUGUAGCGGUGAGCCUUGCUGGUGUUCUCACUAUGACUAAAGAGACGGUUGACGACGAAUGGAACAUGUGGAAAGAAAAAUUCAAUAAAUUUUACUAUGAUGAGAAGGACGAAGCUGUGCGUCAAUACAUCUGGCAAAAGAAUAAAGAAUACAUCACCAGCCAUAACAAGAGAGCUGACAAUGGGGAACACUCGUACAGACUGGGAAUGAACAAAUUUGCCGACUUGGACUCCAAUGAAUUUGCCAAAAUGUUCUUGGGCUAUCGUAACGCAAGCGACGAUAAAAAGAGAGCUGUUGAAUGCAAGAAAUCUAGCAUCUUCGUUUCAAGCAACAACUACGCACCCCUGGCCCACCACGUCGACUGGAGAACAAAAGGCUACGUUACCCCGGUGAAGGAUCAAGGCCAGUGCGGAUCUUGCUGGGCGUUCAGUACGACCGGAUCACUCGAAGGACAACACUUCAAGGCUACCGGGAAACUUGUUUCUUUGAGCGAACAGAACCUCAUGGACUGCAGUAAGCCUGAAGGAGACUUCAGCUGUGAGGGAGGACUCAUGGACUAUGCUUUCGACUACAUUAUUGAAAACGGCGGAAUUGACACCGAGGCUUCUUAUCCUUAUGAAGCAUCGGACGAAUCCACAUGCAAAUUUACCAAGAAAAGCGUGGGUGCUACUAUGACGUCAUGUGUUGACGUCACACCAAGGCAAAGCGAGGAUGCUCUAAGGAAGGCAGUGGCUACUAUCGGACCUGUCUCUGUUGCUAUAGAUGCAUCCCAGCAGUCUUUCCAAUUAUACGAAAGCGGAGUAUACAAUGAACCAAUGUGCAGUUCCACUCAACUUGAUCACGGCGUCUUGGCAGUCGGGUACGGCACUGAUGAUGGAAAAGCUUACUGGAUUGUGAAGAACAGCUGGGGAGAUAGCUGGGGGGAGCACGGUUACAUCAAGAUGAGCCGAGAUAAGAAUAACCAGUGUGGUAUCGCCACCUCUGCUAGCUAUCCGGUGGUGUAAGGAGUCUCUGGAGGUUUCUGGAUGAGAGAGGACUCGCUUGAAUGAAUUUAUCAUGACGUAACAAUAAUGUUUUAAUGACCAAUAAUUUUGCUGUAUUUUCGCUUGUUUUUAUUAUUUUUCUUUUAGUGUCUGAAGCAGGGAUGUCCUUCGACUAGGUUUUAAUAAAUUGGAACAAAUUAAAAACGCCAAACACUGUUUUAUUGGUAACAUUGUUGAAUUAAUGAUUUUUGAAUUACAAUUUCAGAUGAUUAAUUAACUAAUCGAUAAUUUUUCGUUCUAGAAAAUGCUGACUCAAAAUAUCAAAAUUCGACGAGUCAUCCUUUGUAAAGUGAUAAGUCGUUGUUAUUUUCGCUGAUUAAUGAAACUUUCCUCAUUCGAAUUGUUUACCAUAAUUUUUAAAAUUAUUUUUAAUUUUAAUUAAAUGAUUGUAAUAACCUAUUAAAUUUGCUUCGGUUUCGUUUUUUUUUGAGCUAAUUUUAAUAUAAAAAAAAAAUUAAAUCGAAUUAGUCCCAAAAUUUUUUGAAUUUGGACAUCCCUGUUCUUUUACGCUUUCACAUUAUGUCUGAUAAAUAGCAAUACUGCCUAAUUAGAACCAAAAUUUUAAUUUUUUUACUCCGCACCCUUUAGACACGUGCACACACGCUUUGCAAAAUAGUCAAGUGAGUCAAGUUUUAUCUUUCCUAAUGAUUUAAAAUAAAUUUUAUGGAGUGGAUAGGGGGGCACUUUCUGCGUGAAUACCUGAUUGAAAAAUGAACUUUGAGAUGAAUAUAAGAUUAAUUGAUAACUGAUGAUGUGCUGCUUCCCCCAUGAACGAAGUCCACGCAUCUGGGGCGAUUAGUCAUUUGUAUUCCCAUAAUCUAACUGAACUGGUAACCGGUUCAAAAACCGUGUUACGUUAUAUGCACCGUCGGUUUUCUGCUUCUGAGAUGCCCGCAAUCACUUUAUUUAAAGUCUAAUGUUCGCGCAAAUGUGUCUUUCCCUGUUUUUCCUUUUUCCCAAGAGCCUCGACCGUUAUUUCCUAAGAGGCGUUUUUAAUUGUAAUACAAAUGCAAUUUUCUGUCUUUUCAAUUUCAUCGAAAUAUAAGUAUAAUGAAAAAUGA